CCCCGCUUCGUGCCACACCCGGGCCACGAGUUCGUGAGGGGGCGAGUCCUGGAGAGACACGAGGGGAGCGUCACCGUGGAGACCGAGCUGGGAGAGACGGUGACGCUGCCCGAGCGGGACGUGCACCCGCAGAACCCGCCCAAGUUCGAGCUGAUGGAGGACAUGGCCAUGCUGACCUUCCUGCACGAGCCCGCCGUGCUGCACAACCUGCGAGAGCGCUACCGCGCCUGGAUGAUCUACGUCCCGCCCCACAUCUUCUCCAUCUCCGACAACGCCUACCAGAACAUGCUGACAGGUGGGACCCCCAAAAACGGGCUGGGGGCUGCUAGGGGCGGGGGGGACCCCAAAAACGGGAUAUGGGGCAGGGUCUUCUGUGGGGUGGGAUCUAUGGCCCCCCAAAACCCGCCCCCAACGCCCUUCCAGGGGAAAUUCAUCCGCAUCCACUUCGGGGCCACCGGCAAGUUGGCGUCCGCCGACAUCGAGACCUACCUCCUGGAGAAGUCCCGUGUCAUCUUCCAGCUGAAAGCGGAACGGAAUUACCACAUCUUCUACCAGAUCCUCUCCAACAAGAAGCCGGAGCUGCUGGAGAUGCUGCUGGUCACCUCCAACCCCUACGACUACGGUUACGUGUCCCAAGGAGAGGUGACCGUGGCUUCCAUUGACGAUGCCGAGGAGCUGAUGGCCACCGACAGCGCCUUUGAUGUCCUGGGCUUCACGGCCGAGGAAAAGGCUGGCGUCUACAAGCUGACGGGCGCCAUCAUGCACUUCGGCAACAUGAAGUUCAAGCAGAAGCAGCGGGAGGAGCAGGCGGAGCCGGACGGCACCGAAGAUGCCGACAAAUCCGCCUACCUGAUGGGGCUCAACUCGGCCGACCUGCUCAAGGGCUUGUGCCACCCACGCGUCAAGGUGGGCAACGAGUACGUCACCAAGGGGCAGAGCGUCCAGCAGGUCUACUACUCCAUCGGGGCCUUGGCCAAGGCUGUCUACGAGAAGAUGUUCAACUGGAUGGUGGUGAGGAUCAACAACUCGCUGGACACCAAGCAGCCGCGGCAGUACUUCAUCGGCGUCCUGGACAUCGCCGGCUUUGAGAUCUUCGAUUUCAACAGCUUCGAGCAGCUCUGCAUCAACUUCACCAACGAGAAGCUGCAGCAGUUCUUCAACCACCACAUGUUCGUGCUGGAGCAGGAGGAGUACAAGAAGGAAGGCAUCGAGUGGGAGUUCAUCGACUUUGGCAUGGACCUGCAGGCCUGCAUCGACCUCAUCGAGAAGCCCAUGGGGAUCAUGUCCAUCCUGGAGGAGGAGUGCAUGUUCCCCAAGGCCUCGGACAUGACCUUCAAGUCCAAACUCUACGACAACCACCUGGGCAAGUCGGCCAAUUUCGGGAAGCCGCGGAACGUCAAGGGCAAGUCCGAGGCUCACUUCUCGCUCACCCACUACGCCGGCACCGUGGACUACAACAUCCUGGGCUGGCUGGAGAAGAACAAGGACCCCCUCAAUGAGACGGUGGUGGGGCUCUACCAGAAAUCUGCCCUCAAGCUCUUGGCUCACCUCUUCUCCAGCUACGCCGGGGCAGACUCCGGUGGUGACAGUGGGAAGGGCAAAGGAGCCAAGAAGAAAGGUUCCUCCUUCCAGACUGUCUCAGCCCUGCACAGGGAGAACCUCAACAAGCUGAUGGCCAACCUCAAGACCACCCACCCCCACUUCGUCCGCUGCCUCGUCCCGAACGAGCGGAAGGAGCCAGGUGUGAUGGACAACACCCUGGUCAUGCACCAGCUUCGCUGCAAUGGGGUCCUGGAGGGAAUCCGCAUCUGCCGCAAGGGCUUCCCCAACCGCAUCCUCUACGGGGACUUCCGCCAGCGGUACCGCAUCCUGAACCCCGCGGCCAUCCCCGAGGGACAGUUCAUCGACAGCCGCAAGGGCGCCGAGAAACUCCUGGGCUCCAUCGACAUCGACCACAGCCAGUACAAGUUUGGGCACACCAAGGUGUUCUUCAAGGCGGGGCUCCUGGGGCAGCUGGAGGAGAUGCGGGACGAGCGCCUGUCCCGCAUCAUCACGCGCAUCCAGGCACGGGCGCGGGGGCAGCUCAUGCGCCUCGAGUUCAAGAAGAUCGUGGAGCGCCGGGACGCGCUGCUGGUGAUCCAGUGGAACCUCCGGGCCUUCAUGGGGGUGAAGAACUGGCCAUGGAUGAAGCUCUACUUCAAGAUCAAGCCCUUGCUGAAGAGCGCAGAGACGGAGAAGGAGAUGCAGAACAUGAAGGAGGAGUAUGGGCGGCUGAAGGACGCCCUGGAGAAGUCGGAGGCACGGCGGAAGGAGCUGGAGGAGAAGAUGGUCUCCAUGCUGCAGGAGAAGAACGACCUCCAGCUGCAAGUGCAGGCUGAACAGGACAACCUGAACGACGCCGAGGAGCGCUGCGACCAGCUGAUCAAGAACAAGAUCCAGCUGGAGGCCAAGGUGAAGGAGCUGACAGAGCGGCUGGAGGAUGAGGAGGAGAUGAACGCUGAGCUGACAGCCAAGAAGAGGAAGCUGGAGGACGAGUGCUCAGAGCUGAAGAAGGACAUUGAUGACCUGGAGCUAACCCUGGCCAAGGUGGAGAAGGAGAAACAUGCAACCGAAAACAAGGUCAAGAACCUGACGGAGGAGAUGGCCGGGCUGGACGAGACCAUCGCCAAACUGGCCAAGGAGAAGAAGGCUCUGCAGGAGUCCCACCAGCAGACGCUGGACGACCUGCAGGCCGAGGAGGACAAGGUCAACACCUUGACGAAGGGCAAAGUCAAGCUAGAACAGCAAGUGGAUGAUCUCGAAGGCUCCCUGGAGCAGGAGAAGAAAAUCCGGAUGGACCUGGAACGGGCCAAGAGAAAACUGGAAGGUGACCUGAAGCUGACCCAGGAGAACAUCAUGGAUCUGGAGAAUGACAAGCAGCAGCUGGAGGAGAAGCUCAAGAAGAAGGAGUUUGAGAUCCACCAGCAGAACAGCAGGAUCGAGGACGAGCAGGCGCUGGCUCUGCAGCUCCAGAAGAAGCUGAAGGAGCUACAGGCGCGGAUCGAGGAGCUGGAGGAGGAGCUGGAGGCUGAGCGGACAGGCCGGGCCAAGGUGGAGAAGCAGCGCUCGGAGCUGUCGCGGGAGCUGGAGGAGCUCAGCGAGCGGCUGGAGGAGGCCGGCGGCGCCACCUCGGCGCAGCUGGAGCUCAACAAGAAGCGGGAGGCGGAAUUCCAGAAGCUGCGGCGGGACCUGGAGGAGGCCACGCUGCAGCACGAGGCCACGGCGGCAGCGCUGAGGAAGAAACACGCCGACAGCGUGGCCGAGCUGGGAGAGCAGCUGGACAACCUCCAGCGCGUCAAGCAGAAGCUGGAGAAGGAGAAGAGUGAGCUCAAGCUGGAGCUGGAUGAUCUCAGCGCCAACAUGGAGCAGCUGAUCAAGUCCAAGGUGGCCAUGGAGAAGGUGUCGCGCUCCAUGGAGGACCAGGCUGCUGAGCACUUGGCCAAGCUGGAGGAGACCCAACGCGUCCUCAAUGACGCCAACACCCAACGGGCCAAGCUGCAGACGGAGAAUGGUGGGAGCUGACGGGGGGGGGAGGAGAAGGAGGCGCUGGUGUCGCAGCUGACCCGCGGGAAGGUGUCCUACACCCAGCAGCUGGAGGACCUGCGGAGGCAGCUGGAGGAGGAGAUGAAGGCCAAGAACGCGCUGGCGCACGCGCUGCAGUCGGCGCGGCACGACGGGGACCUGCUGCGGGAGCAGUACGAGGAGGAGACGGAGGCCAAGGCCGAGCUGCAGCGCUCGCUAUCCAAGGCCAACUCCGAGGUGGCCCAGUGGAGGACCAAGUACGAGACGGAUGCCAUCCAACGCACCGAGGAGCUGGAGGAGGCCAAGAAGAAGCUGGCACAGCGGCUGCAGGAGGCCGAGGAGGCCGUGGAGGCCGUCAAUGCCAAAUGCUCCUCACUGGAGAAGACCAAGCACCGGCUGCAGAACGAGAUCGAGGACCUGAUGGCCGACGUGGAGCGCUCGAACGCAGCCGCCGCCGGCCUGGACAAGAAGCAGAGGAAUUUCGACAAGGUGCUGGCCGAGUGGAAGCAGAAGUUCGAGGAGUCGCAGACGGAGCUGGAGGCAUCACAGAAGGAGGCCAGGGCGCUCAGCACCGACCUCUUCAAGUUGAGGAACAUCUACGAGGAGUCCCUGGAGCACCUGGAGACCUUCAAGAGGGAGAACAAGAACCUCCAAGAGGAGAUCUCGGACCUGACGGAGCAGCUCGGCGCCAGCAACAAAUCCAUCCAUGAGCUGGAGAAGGUCCGGAAGCAGCUGGACGCCGAGAAGCUGGAGCUCCAAGCAGCUCUGGAGGAGGCUGAGGCCUCGCUGGAGCACGAGGAGGGGAAGAUCCUGCGGGCGCAGCUGGAGUUCAACCAGGUGAAGGCAGAGUACGAGCGGAAGGUGGGCGAGAAGGAGGAGGAGAUGGAGCAGGUGAAGCGGAACCACCUGCGCGUGGUGGAGUCGCUGCAGACCUCGCUGGACGCCGAGACCCGCAGCCGCAACGAGGCGCUGAGGCUGAAGAAGAAGAUGGAGGGCGACCUCAACGAGAUGGAGAUCCAGCUGAGCCACGCCAACCGCGGCGCCAACGAGGCACAGAAGCAGGUCAAGGCUCUGCAGGGCUACCUGAAGGACACGCAGCUGCAGCUGGACGACGCGGCGCGGGUCGGCGAGGAGCUGAAGGAGAACGUGGCCAUGGUGGAGCGCAGGAACUCCCUGCUGCAGUCGGAGCUGGAGGAGCUCCGGGGGCUGGUGGAACAGACCGAGAGGGCGCGGAAAUUGGCCGAGCAGGAGCUGAUCGAGGCCAGCGAGAGGGUCCAGCUCCUCCACUCGCAGAACACCAGCCUCAUCAACCAGAAGAAGAAGAUGGAGGGUGACAUCUCCCAGCUGCAGACCGAGGUGGAAGAAGCUGUCCAGGAGUGCCGGAACGCCGAGGAGAAGGCCAAGAAAGCCAUCACCGACGCGGCCAUGAUGGCAGAGGAGCUGAAGAAGGAGCAGGACACGAGCGCGCACCUGGAGCGGAUGAAGAAGAACAUGGAGCAGACCAUCAAGGACCUGCAGAUGACUGGAUGAGGCCGGCUGGACGAGGCCGAGCAGCUGGCGCUCAAGGGGGGCAAGAAGCAGCUGCAGAAGCUGGAGGGGCGCGUGCGGGAGCUGGAGAACGAGCUGGAGGCCGAGCAGAAGCGCAACGCCGAGAGCGUCAAGGGGCUGCGCAAGUCGGAGCGGCGCGUCAAGGAGCUCAGUUACCAGACAGAGGAGGACAAGAAGAACCUGCUGAGGCUGCAGGACCUGGUGGACAAACUGCAGCUGAAAGUCAAAGCCUACAAGAGACAGGCGGAGGAGGCGGUGAGAGAGCGGGAUGGAGAGAUGGAG